AUGCAAAGAAAAGCUAAGUGUGCGGUGGUGUUCCUGCUAGUGGCCCUGUUGGCCACGGAUCAGACACUCGGAUUGCAGAAGAAGAAGAAGAAACGUGGCAUUUACCACGGCCUGCACGGUCUGCACGGCCUGCAGGGUUACGCUCUGCCGGCGGCCGGCGGACUUCUGCCCCAUGCUGACCACUUACACUUUCUUAAGGGCUACCACCCCAGUCCGUAUGCCAAGUUCUCCCCGGGACCGCACAAAUCAUUCGGUGGGGUGCUACCGCCCGGCUAUGCCCUCUUUCCCGGUAGCGCAAGUGUGGCAUCCUAUCAGCGAAACUUCCCGCGCUAUCCGACCGUGUACGGCGGGAACCCGUUUCUCGGUUUCGGAGUGGCCCCGGUCAAGCCACUGACUGGUUUCGCAUCGGUCGCCACGGGACUAACACCACUCGCACCGGCUCCCGUUCUGCCAGCUCCCGUUCCGCCGCCUGUUCCAGCAGCGUACCCGCAGGCCUUCUACCCGUUGGCCACCACCGGAGCUACCGCUGGCAGCACACAGCAGACCUUCUUCGCGACUUACCCUCAGAAGCCACUCAUUCCGGUGGCGGUUCCGGUGGCGCACGAUCCCGCCAAGAUACCCCAAGUCGUCGUGUCGAAACCUGUCUUUGCCUCCUUCUCGGCGGGGAUACCGACCAACGGAUUGAUCCCGGUGCCCGGCAGCUACUACCCGGGUGUGGCAGUUCCCAACGGACAGCCUCAGUUCGUCGGGGUGCCGGUUGUCACCGGCAGCGCGAGUGGGGCAACACCCAGUUAUGCCACCACCCUCGGUACCGGAACGACAACAGUCACGCAGGCUCCGCAACAACCGUGGCGUCCUGUGGUAGUGAACCAUCCGGCCCCUACGCCGGCACCACCCGCCAACGCGUAUCUGCCGCCGUAUGGGCCAAGCUCGCAGGGACAAAUCUACAUCAGCAGCACACCGGCCCCAGCUCUGCAUGAUCACCAUCCACAGCAGCCCCAUCACCAAUCGUUGCUGGACUACGAUCAGGAAACACUGCACCAUCCGGACGGAAGCGGAGCCUUCAAUGGCCAGCCGUACGACGUUGCCUCCAACCACGAUUGCCUGGGCCAAAGGAAGCAGAUAUCCCGAAGCAAUGUCAGUUUAAUGAUGUCCCAUUAUAAUCAACCAUGA